GUCACUUUAGUUUCUCCGUCUUCUCUUUAUUACUUUUGGAUUUAAUCACUUGAAAGCUCUCUCUCUCUCUCUCUCUCUCUCUGGGCACAGUCUCUACACGCUUGGGGGAAGAUUUUUGUUAUGGCGGCGGAGAAAUGGGUGUACAUGGUGACGGCGCAGACUCCGACGAACAUUGCGGUGAUUAAGUAUUGGGGAAAGAGAGAUGAAGUCCGGAUUCUCCCCGUCAACGACAGCAUCAGCGUGACUCUCGAUCCCGAUCACCUCUGCACCGUCACAACUGUCGCCGUCAGUCCCUCUUUCGAUCGCGAUCGAAUGUGGCUCAAUGGCAAGGAGAUCUCUCUUUCUGGGAGUAGGUACCAAAACUGUUUGAGGGAGAUUCGAGGUCGUGCUGGUGAUGUUGAAGACAAGGAGAAGGGUGUCAAGAUUGAUAAGAAAGACUGGGAGAAACUUCAUCUACAUAUUGCUUCUCACAACAACUUCCCUACUGCUGCUGGCUUAGCAUCUUCAGCUGCUGGUUUUGCUUGUCUUGUUUUUUCUCUUGCAAAGUUGAUGAACGUAGAUGAAGAUGCAAGCCAUCUUUCUGCGAUAGCCAGGCAAGGUUCAGGAAGUGCUUGCCGGAGUCUGUUUGGUGGAUUUGUUAAGUGGGAAAUGGGAAGCAAAGAAGAUGGAAGUGACAGCAUUGCAGUUCAACUAGCAGAUGAGAAGCAUUGGAAUGAUCUUGUUAUCAUCAUUGCCGUGGUGAGUUCACGGCAGAAGGAAACGAGCAGCACCUCUGGAAUGCGUGAAAGUGUUGAGACGAGUUUGCUUUUACAGCAUAGAGCAAAAGAAGUUGUGCCUAAACGGACUCUGCAAAUGGAGGAAGCUAUUAAAAACAGAGAUUUUGCAUCCUUUACGCAAUUGAGCUGCGCAGACAGUAAUCAGUUUCAUGCUGUUUGUCUGGAUACAUCUCCACCCAUAUUUUACAUGAAUGACACAUCCCACAGGAUAAUCAGCUUGGUUGAAAAGUGGAAUCGUUCUGAAGGGACACCACAGGUUGCUUAUACAUUUGAUGCUGGCCCAAAUGCUGUACUGAUUGCACGCAACAGAAAGGUAGCAGUUCAAUUGCUCCAGGGGCUUCUCUACUAUUUCCCCCCUAAGUCUGACACUGAUAUGAAGAGUUACGUAGUGGGAGAUAACUCGAUUCUUAAGGAGGCAGGGUUAGACGGAGCAAACAGUGUAGAGAAUCUGCAACCUCCACCUGAAAUCAAAGACAACAUUGGGUCACAGGAUCAAAAAGGAGAAGUCAGUUAUUUUAUCUGCACUAAACCUGGAAGAGGUCCUGUCGUGCUUCCAGACCAAACUCAGGCUCUUCUCGAUCCGGAAACCGGCCUUCCCAAGUGAGCAUUUUCUCUGCUUGAUCAAUUUAAUGUUAUGAUUUGCAGCAUCCUUUUUACUGCAAGUUUAAGAAACCAUAUUUGUGGCAUAAUAAGUUCAAGCUUCCUUGUUAUGAUGUUAUCUGCUAGCUUUCUUAUGUCCAAACAAAAAAUCAUUGUUUUCCUUUUACGUGAGUACAUCCUUUUACAACACUGCAACAUAUACCAAGUAUUGAUAUGUCUUGAAUC